AAGAAAUUCCGGUACAAGAUUGGAGAAUGAGAGAAAGGCUCAAGACGGUGUCAGGUGCCUUAGUCUUAUGCUUAAAUAUCGGCGUAGAUCCGCCUGAUAUUGUAAAGCCUAGUCCUUGCGCAAAACUUGAAUGUUGGGUUGAUCCUUUUUCUGUUCCACCGACGAAAGCUUUAGACGCCAUUGGCAAAAAUCUUCAGGCUCAAUAUGAACAGCUCAGCAUUCGAACUCGAUACAAACAAUAUUUAGACCCUUCGGUUGAUGAGAUGAAAAAGUUUUGCACAAAUUUGAGAAAAAGUGCCAAGGAAGAACGCGUUUUGCUUCAUUAUAAUGGUCAUGGUGUUCCAAAACCAACUGCGAGCGGAGAGAUUUGGUGUUUUAACAAGCAUUUUACACAAUAUAUUCCUGUAUCCUUAGGCGAUUUACAAUCUUGGCUCGGUUCUCCAUGUAUUUAUGUUUUUGAUUGUUCAGCUGCUGGCAAUAUUUUAGAGAGCUUCAAACGUUUUUCUGAACAACGUUAUUUGGAAAAUAAUAGGCCAGAAUCUAGCGCUCCUUUAAAUAUUCAAUUAGCUGCUUGUGGUCCUAACGAAACUUUACCUAUGCAUCCUCAUUUACCAGCUGAUUUAUUCACAUCUUGUCUAACUUCUCCGAUCGAAAUUGCUUUAAGAUGGUUCGUUUUGCAAAAUCCAUUACCAUCAUAUCUCACCGUUGAUAUGGUAAUGAAACUUCCAGGGAGAUUACAAGAUCGUCGUACACCUUUGGGUGAAUUAAAUUGGAUUUUUACUGCAAUUACCGAUACCAUAGCUUGGAACGUUCUACCACGUGAUUUAUUCAAACAAUUAUUCCGCCAAGAUCUUAUGGUAGCUGCUCUAUUCAGAAAUUUUCUACUGGCGGAAAGGAUAAUGAGGCGUUAUCAAUGUAAGCCCAUGUCACAUCCAGAAUUACCACCAACUCAUGAUCAUCCAAUGUGGGAUUCAUGGGAUCUGGCUGUUGAUAUGUGUUUAGCUCAAUUACCAUCAUUAUUAAGCGCUGAAAAUGGUGGUACAGAAGUCGAAUAUAAACAUUCGACAUUUUUUGAUGAACAAUUGACUGCGUUCCAAGUAUGGUUGUCGAAAGGAUCUGUGUCUCAAAAACCACCAGAACAAUUACCCAUUGUACUACAGGUGCUUCUUAGUCAGGUGCAUCGGUCUCGUGCCUUGGGAUUAUUAAGUAAAUAUUUAGAUUUAG